GAAGGUGUUGAUAUUAGUUUGUGAUGUGAUAAUCGCAUCUCAUUCUCAUCAACGCUGCGUAGAGGCAAUGGAGUUCACACCCCAGCAACUGAGCCAAUACAACGGCACCGACCCAUCGAAGCCCAUAUACGUGGCUUUGAAGGGGCGCGUGUUCGACGUCACCGCCGGAAAAUCCUUCUAUGGCCCCGGUGGCCCCUAUUGCAUGUUCGCCGGCAAAGACGCCAGCAGAGCCCUCGCCAAGAUGAGCAAGAACGAUGAAGACAUCUCUCCCUCACUCGAUGGUCUCUCUGACAAAGAGAUCGGGGUUCUCAAUGAUUGGGAGAACAAGUUCCAAGCUAAGUACCCUGUUGUUGGCCGUGUUCUUAAUUAAUUAUUUAAUUAUCUUAUCAUCCUCUGUAUUCGGAUCAUACUAUGUUUAUGUUUUUAUGUUUUUAUGUUUCUGUUGUCUGAACACACUGUUAAUUACCCCCCUUUCCCAUCUCCCCAAUAAUUAAACUUUGUCUAUCACUAUUCUGCAAAGGGGAUUUUAUGUAUUUCUCUGUUUGAUGCUUCUCGCUCAUCAAUGUUGUGGAUGCAAAAAUUGAUCUUUCUCCAAUUA